AUGGAACUAUACAGCGAGUCAAUCGAGAAUGCUGUCGCCUCCUGGAAGACUGUUCAAGGGCUGCCGGACUACAAGACCCUCGUAGGCGAAUUGCUAUUUCGAGCGAUAUUCACCCUAUCACCAGGUGCCAUCAAUAUGUUCGGAUUCGGAGAAGGAGCAGACUGCUAUCAUCUUCCCGAAACACUGUUCAAGCUUCCAGCGUUUCAAAAUCAUACCAAUGCCGUUGUUACAAUGUUAGAAAAAGCGCUCGAUGUGAUGCUUGGAAACGAUAUGGAGUCUUUGGCUGAAGCACUGAGUACUCUCGGUGAGCAGCAUGUUACCUAUGGAAUUCAACCACCUCAUUACAUCAUUGUUGAGUCGGCGUUGGUCAGAACUGUUGAGCUAGGGUUGGGGGAGAGGCUGUGUUCAGAUUCAUAUCCAGAACCAUGGUGA